AUGGGGCGAGUAAGUGCCAAACGGAAGCUCAAGCAGUGCGACCCGUUCUUCAAGGGCAAGCGCGAGAAUGGAAAGACAAAGACAACGUACGACUUACCUCCCACGCAGUCGAAGCGCUCGAAAAAGCGAUGUCGCAAGAUGCUGAGUGACGAGGCCAUGAACCAGUACGUUAUGCGCACGUCGGUAGUGGACAAAAGCUCGGAGACAAAGAAGCAGAGGCUUCAGAUCGAUUCGAUCCGGGAGGGGGAGUCCAUGCGCGAGUUCAAUAAACGCAUCAGUACUGAGGUCAAGCGUGUUAUUUACGAUGCAAACAAGCAGAACCGACGCAGCAGCGAGAAGCGCAAGACGUUUCUUAGCAAAAAGAAGGCCAAGGCGCGCGACAAGAAAAUGACGGAUCAAGAGCGCUACGAGCGCGAGUACCAGACCACGGGUACUGUGAAAAAGGACUACUUUGAGAACGUGGCGCCUGUACGUUUCGGCGAGCGCGUGGAUGCACCACCUGUGAUGCCUAAGCUCUCGGGCAUUUUCAAGAAACGUGCAGAUCAACUUGAGCGCGAGAAAACGAAGGCAGCGAAGAAGAAUGCACGGAAUGCUGGACCUAGAGCCGCUCAUCGUCCUGGAAAGUAG